AUGGAGAAACGCGAUCGAUUAGUGGAGAAACGGAAGAAGUUAGAGGAGCUCAAACGGGCAAGAGAAGCACGUGCCAACAAUGUCAAAUCCACCGCAAGCAUGGGCGCGGGUGCGCAAUCAGGUGGUACUACACAUCAACAGAUGCAGCACCAGCAACAACAGCAGAUGGAUAUAGAUAACCUAUUGACAUCCAUACUUAAGCCUGGUGAUUCGCCUGUAUCUGGAUAUCUAUCGCCAAGCACGCAAGGAAAGGACAUACAGGAUGGGCAUACAAGUCCUAAUACACCAGACAUAGGGCCUAGUACACCAGCUGGGAAUUUGAGUGAGGACGAGAUAGAGCUGAGCAGGAAUGCAACACCCAGCAAGCAGCGGAACUCACCAUAUCCACCACAGCACUCGCCUCUGCAGCGAUUCUCCAACUUGUCGGUCGCGGCUUUGUACAUUUAA